UAUUCAAUUAACGAUAUUUCUUUACGAAUUUUUUAUGAAAAUGGUUCUCGUCUUUUACCUUUAUCUAAAUUAUUUAUAAUGUCAAAAAAUGGAAUUAGAAAGAAAAUUAUUGUUAAAGAAAUGGUUUCUAUUGAUAAUUCAUUUCCAUCUGGAAUUGUUUUUUUGAGGAAUUCACGAGGAAUUGUAUUACAACGAUGGGCAAGACUUUUAGAUCAAUUUUGCCUAAAUUUUUAUGAGGCGGAAUUUGAUGAUAAACCAAGUGAAAGUUAUUUUAUUUAUGGUUAUUCGGUAACAUCAAAGGAAACAGAAAAGGACGGCACGGUUAUAGAAUUAACCCAUCAUAAUCAAAUAAAAACUGAGAGAAAGGGGGACGAAAUUAUUUUUUGUGUGAGACAUCCAGGAUCGGCAACAAAGUUUUUAAAAAGAAAAGAAAAUAUAAAAAUAAUUUUUAAUUUUAAGUUGGUUAAAUGCAUUAAAUGA